GAUUUCUUCGUCUUUAAAACGUCACGCUCAAGCUGAAACGUGUCUCUCGUUUACGCUCUCUGUAGAAUCUAGUUGAUUUGUUUGGUACCGUCCGAGCGGAGAUCUAUGGCUGAGCACGCGGCGGAGCACGAAUCUCUUCUGGAGAAGAUCGUGGAUAAGGUGAAAGGUCACGAUUCCUCCUCCUCCUCUGAUUCCGAUGACGACAAGCCCUCGCCAGGCGAAGCCGUUACCGGCAAGAUUUUCAGGCUCUUCGGCAGAGAGAAACCUGUUCACAAGGUUCUUGGCGGUGGAAAACCUGCUGAUAUUUUCCUAUGGAGAAACAAGAAAAUCUCUGCAGGUGUGCUUGGUGGUGCCACUGCUAUGUGGAUUCUCUUUGAAUUACUUGAAUACCACUUACUUGCACUGGUCUGCCAUAUAUUGAUACUCGCUGUUGCUGUCCUUUUCUUGUUGGCUAAUGCAACCAAGUUUAUCAACAGGCCACCUCCUCAGAUUCCCGAUUUAAAAAUCCCUGAAAAACCUGUCUUGGAAUUUGCUUCUGCUCUGACAUAUGAAAUUAACCGAGGCUUGGCUAUCCUCGGAGAUAUUGCAUCUGGGAGAGAUCUGAAGAAAUUUCUUGGUGUCAUUGCUGGCUUGUGGGUUCUGUCAAUUGUGGGUAGUUGGUGCAACUUCCUGACCUUGUUCUACAUAUCCUUUGUUUUGCUUCACACUGUGCCCGUGAUUUACGAGAAAUACGAAGACCAGAUAGAUCCAUUUGCUGAGAAGGCUUUAAUGGAGAUCAAAAAGCAAUAUGCCGUCUUCGAUGCAAAGGUUUUGAGCAAAGUUUUGAGUAAAAUUCCUAAAGGUAAAUUGAAGGACAAGAAGAAGGCAUAGACAGAUGGAGACAAAUGUGGUGUUGUAGUUCGUUAUCCAUUAGAGUCUUUGGUUUUAAAAUAGUGUUUGAGUGCUCAAAAUUUAGACUAAAUAAUGAUAUCUAAAUUUAGUUUUGUCAUUUGUUUUAUUUCGGGGAUUGUCUUUAAUGAAGAAUCCAAGUGGUGUUGUCCA